CAAUGCACUCUAGCCUGAGCAACAGAGCAAGACCCUGUCUCAAACAAAAAAAAACCCGUACAGUUGUGUGCUUUGUGAGUGUUCUAGAGAUCUAAUAAAAUAUUCACAUGUAAGUAUGCAUAUUUUUAAAAGAAAAUGCUGAGAAUUCUGAGGGCCAUGUCUUUAAUAUGCACAUACAUACUGAUGUUUUGGGGAAAGAUAUCUUAUAUCUUUUGAAAGAAAGAAAGGAUCCUUGACUGUCACUGAAGAAAAUUGAAUUUCCUUAUUAGAAUAGGUGAACUGAGGUUGUCCAGAGACAAAUUAAGUAGGUCUUUGAUGCCUGUCAAGUACAAAUAAGAUUUGAAAAUGGAGGAAAUUUCAAGAUAAAUUAAUUCAGAAUUUUGUGGUUAAGAGAAGAGCUGCUUUUAUAGGCUUAGGAACAAGAAGAGUUACUGUCUCUCUCUUUGCUUUGUAUAGUGGACAGAACUCAAUAUUCUUGAAGAUGAGUGAUUGAUAUAGUUCCGAAAAAGAAGAAAUAUAAAAAACAUAAAAACAGUUGGUGAUUUUCCUGUUUCCCAGCAUUUCAGAGAAAAGCUGCCUUCAUAUGGAAUGCGAAAGGAAUUGGUGAAUUUAAUUGAUAACCAUCAAGUGACUGUAAUAAGUGGUGAAACUGGUUGUGGAAAAACCACUCAAGUUACUCAGUUCAUUUUGGAUAACUACAUUGAAAGGGGAAAAGGAUCUGCUUGCAGAAUAGUUUGUACUCAGCCAAGAAGAAUUAGUGCCAUUUCAGUUGCAGAGAGAGUGGCUGCAGAAAGAGCAGAAUCUUGUGGCAAUGGUAAUAGUACUGGAUACCAAAUUCGUCUCCAGAGUCGGUUGCCAAGGAAACAAGGUUCUAUCUUAUACUGUACAACAGGAAUUAUCCUUCAGUGGCUCCAGUCAGACUCGCGUUUGUCCAGUGUUAGUCAUAUUGUGCUUGAUGAAAUUCAUGAAAGAAAUCUACAGUCAGAUGUUUUAAUGACUGUUAUUAAAGAUCUUCUCAACUUUCGUUCUGACCUGAAAGUAAUAUUGAUGAGUGCAACAUUGAAUGCUGAGAAAUUUUCAGAAUAUUUUGGUAACUGUCCAAUGAUACACAUACCUGGUUUUACUUUUCCAGUUGUAGAGUAUCUUUUGGAAGAUAUAAUUGAAAAAAUAAGAUAUGUUCCAGACCAAAAAGAACAGAGAUCCCAGUUUAAGAGGGGUUUCAUGCAAGGGCAUGUAAAUCGGCAAGAAAAAGAAGAAAAAGAAGCAAUCUAUAAAGAACGCUGGCCAGAUUAUGUAAGGGAACUACGAAGAAGGUAUUCUGCAAGUACUGUAGAUGUUCUAGAAAUGAUGGAUGAUGAUAAAGUUGAUCUGAAUUUGAUUGCUGCUCUUAUCCGAUAUAUUGUUUUGGAAGAAGAGGAUGGUGCAAUACUGGUCUUUCUACCAGGCUGGGACAAUAUCAGCACUUUACAUGAUCUUUUGAUGUCACAAGUGAUGUUUAAAUCAGAUAAGUUUCUAAUUAUACCGUUACAUUCGCUGAUGCCUACAGUUAAUCAGACACAGGUAUUUAAAAAAACCCCUCCUGGUGUUCGGAAAAUAGUAAUUGCUACCAACAUUGCUGAGACUAGCAUUACCAUAGAUGAUGUAGUUUAUGUAAUAGAUGGAGGAAAAAUAAAAGAGACACACUUUGACACUCAGAACAACAUCAGUACAAUGUCUGCUGAGUGGGUUAGUAAAGCUAAUGCCAAACAGAGGAAAGGUCGAGCUGGAAGAGUUCAGCCUGGUCAUUGCUAUCAUCUUUAUAAUGGUCUUAGAGCAAGUCUUCUAGAUGACUAUCAACUGCCAGAAAUUUUAAGGACUCCUUUGGAAGAGCUUUGUUUACAAAUAAAGAUUUUAAGGCUAGGUGGAAUUGCUUAUUUUCUGAGUAGGUUAAUGGAUCCACCAUCAAGUGAGGCAGUGUUGCUCUCCAUAAGACACCUGAUGGAACUGAAUGCUUUGGAUAAACAGGAAGAAUUAACACCUCUUGGAGUCCACUUAGCACGAUUACCAGUUGAACCACAUAUUGGAAAAAUGAUUCUUUUUGGAGCUCUGUUCUGUUGCCUAGAUCCAGUUCUCACUAUUGCUGCUAGUCUCAGCUUCAAAGAUCCCUUUGUCAUUCCAUUGGGAAAAGAAAAGAUUGCUGAUGCAAGAAGAAAAGAAUUGGCAAAGAAUACCAGAAGUGACCACCUGACAGUUGUGAAUGCAUUUGAGGGCUGGGAAGAAGCUAGGCGACGUGGUUUCAGAUAUGAAAAGGACUAUUGCUGGGAAUAUUUUCUAUCUUCAAACACACUGCAGAUGCUGCAUAACAUGAAAGGACAGUUUGCUGAACAUCUUCUUGGGGCUGGAUUUGUAAGCAGUAGAAAUCCCAAAGAUCCAGAAUCUAAUAUAAAUUCAGAUAAUGAGAAGAUAAUUAAAGCUGUCAUCUGUGCUGGUUUAUAUCCCAAAGUUGCUAAAAUCCGACUAAAUUUGAGUAAAAAAAGAAAAAUGGUGAAAGUUUACACAAAAACUGAUGGCACAGUUUCUAUUCAUCCUAAAUCUGUUAAUGUGGAACAAACAGAUUUUCACUACAACUGGCUUAUCUAUCACCUGAAGAUGAGAACAAGUAGUAUAUACUUGUAUGACUGCACAGAGGUUUCCCCAUAUUGUCUCUUGUUCUUUGGAGGUGAUAUUUCCAUCCAGAAGGAUAACGAUCAGGAAACUAUAGCUGUAGAUGAAUGGAUUGUCUUUCAGUCUCCUGCAAGAAUUGCCCAUCUUGUUAAGGAAUUAAGAAAGGAACUAGAUACCCUUCUGCAAGAGAAGAUCGAAAGUCCUCAUCCUGUAGACUGGAAGGACACUAAAUCCAGAGACUGUGCAGUACUGUCAGCUAUUAUAGACUUGAUCAAAACACAGGAAAAGGCCACUCCCAGGAACUUUCCGCCACGAUCCCAGGAUGGAUAUUACAGCUGACAACUUUUCUGUGGUGGUCUGAAAAACCAAUUUGACAGCCAUCUCCAUCGUAGUUUUAAAUUUUGGCUUAGAUGCCAAACCCUGGGACAUGACUGAUUUUCAUGUGUAAGGUAGAACUCUUCAGUAGGUAGUAAAAACUUAAUGUGCAUGACUUAGUGGUAUCUGUAGCUAUUAUAAAUAUACCAUAAAAAGCAAUCAAUAUGUUUCUCUGUUCUCUCUUGUGGUCAUGUCCACUCUUUGGGAGUAUAUUCCCCUUAUGUGUAUGAAAUGUUGUACCACUUGAGAAAUUCCUUAGUUGUUAUACAAAAUUAAUCUUUCUAUCCAUAAUGACUGAGUAUAAACUUGGUAAAAAUAGAAUAGUUAGCCAAAAAGCUGUGUCAAGUAAGAAUUUGAACACAACCAUAUUUUUUAAAAUGAAACUUCUAUGAGAAGUAAAUUAAUUUGCUGUAAUAAAGCCCAGUAUUUAAUAAAAUGUACAAUGUGUAAAUCUCAGCUAACUUCUUGGAUUGGUUUCUACAUGUUCACCUAUCGCUUGAUUUGUUUGAUAUUUUUACUCUUUUUAAAGUAUAUAUGUAUCCCUUUUACAUCACUGUAGCAAAAUGUAGCGGUUCAGAGCAUGAAUCUGGGGCCUGACUACCUCAGUUCCAAUCUCAGCUCUGUCAUUUACUAGAUGUCUUGGGCAAGCUACUUGGCUUUUCUUUGUUUCCUUUUCAUUAUCUGUAAAAUACAGUUGGCCCUUCAUAUCUGCGAGUUCCACAUCUGUGGAUUCAACCAGCCAUGGAUUGAAAAUAUUUGGGGGAAAAAAGGUAGAUGAUUGUGUGUGUACUAAACAUGUACAGACUUUUCUUCCUUCUUAUUCCCUUAACAAUACGGUAUAAUAACUAUUUCUGUAUCAUUUACAUUGUAUUAGGUAUUAUAAGUAAUCUAGAGAUGAUUUAAAGUGUACAAGAGAAUGUGCCUAGGUUAUAUGCAUAUGAUAUGCCUUUUAUAUAAGGGACUUGAACAUCUGUGGAUUUUAGUAUCCAUGGGGGUCCUGGAGCCAGGACGACUGUACAGGUAACAAUUAUGAGGAUGAAGUAUGUUAAUAUGUGUAAAGCACAUAAGCUAGUACCUGGCACAUAGAGUAUUCUCUCUGAAUCUUAGUUAUUAUUUAAUGUAUAACAAUCCAUUAUAAUACACUUUUUUUCAUUGCUGCUUUACCCUCUUAGCCAGUGGAAGCUAGUGUGACAACAUGUACUGUUUCAGCCCUAUCAGAUUGUGACAGAUACUAUUGGUGGUUGUCCAACAGCCAUUUUGUCCCUUCUAAAGAAUGCUUACCUUGUUCUGGUGGUUUCCCCACUGCCUAACUUUGUGCCCAUGUUUGUCAGACCCUCUUCCUCAAGAGCAAAUCAGGUUCUAAGCCAGUCAUGUAUCUCAUUCCCCUUAUAAGUAAUUGGUGAGGCAAUUAUAAGUAAUUGGUGAACCUCUCCUGGCCAGUGACAACAGAGAAGUAGUCUUAAGGGGGUGUCUGAGAAAAAUUUUUCUCACUAGUAGAGGAGGAAACUCUGCUGUUUGUUUGGACAUUGUCUUGUCUGAAUCUGAUACUUGGAAUUGCUGCAGGCAACUUAUGAUCACAAGGGACACAGCCGUAAACUCAGGUCGGCUCAGUGGAAAGAUAGAACUCACCAGAGUCCUUGAUAAUGCUGCUGAGCUGCAGAAUUAACCAACUCUGGAACUGCUCUAUACAUGAACUUAUUUUGAUAUAAUAAAAAGCCUUCAUUGUUUAAACCACUUUUAGCAGGGUAUUUUUAAUUUGACAAAAAGCAUAUUAAUUAAAAUUUACACUAUCCAUCUUGAGUGUUAACUUGCUGAUACAUCUGUUUCUACUAUUUAUUAAUAUUUUGUGAUAUAACAGUUUUGACCCUCAUCUGACAAAAGGUAUAAAAGUGCUGGACGUACUGCAAAAAUAAACAGGAAAAGCAUCCUGCUGCACUUUAAAAAAAUGCCAAUUUUAUUGUGCCUUCCCAUAAAUGCAAGGAAACCAAAGGAAUAGUAUCAUACAAUUACUGGGAUGUAUUGAUAAUGCUACAGUGAUCUGUUAAUAGCACUGGUUCAGGCAGUGUUCCCAUUUCUGGGAAUGUAUGUCACCUGUCAUUGCCUACCAAGGGUGUGAAUGUGCUGUGUGUUCCAAGUCCGUUUUCUUUGCUGCACUUCUCCCAAAAGUUAUCUGUCCCUCAAUUCUGGCAUUGAGUCAUGCCACAAUAUUGUAGCUUACCACUUUUUCCCCUACAGUCAAGGUGACCAUCUGGUCUGGUCUUAUUUGCUCUAUAAGAGUAUUUAUCUUUGUGCUUUUUUCUUUCCUUUUACUAUGUGGUUUCAAUUCACAAAGUCACUUGGCCAAAAUGGUCUUGGAAGAAAGCAUUUAAAGAUUCUGUUAACUCGCAUUAGGGAGUUCAAGGGGGAAAAAUAUAUGUAUAUACAUAUAUGUAAAAGUAAAAAGAUUCUAUAAAAAAGAUUUGGUUCCAUGUUUGCAAACCAAUAUUUAAUCUCCAUAUGAAUGGGGAAAAUGUUCCUGAAGAAUUAUUUAAUAGAUGAAGUAUUCACAGGGAUUAAAGCGCAGUUACUGUCGCCUCCAAUGUGUGUUUUCACUAUAACUGAUCAGGAUGGAAAUUUUAAUUCAAGAUGCUAUUUAUGUUCUUGAGUUUUUUUGUCAUUUACAAAAUAGGGCAUUACUGGAGUGGAAAAUGUGUUCCAGAUCUAAGAACUAUUUGUUCUUUAGUGGUCUUAAGAAUAAGCCAUUAAAUUAAGAAGGAAAAUCUGUUUGUCUUACCACUCUGAGCAGUGCAGAGGAUAACUCUUUAAAAAUAAUAAUAAUAAUAACCCUGAAACAGAAACUUACCUGAAAAAAUGAAAGAAAUAAAGGACAAUAAUCUCUAAAAAUGCAUCUUUAAAAGUGAGUACAUGUAAUGCCUUCCUAAUUAAUUUGGGCAAAAGCUCUAGAUAAACUUAUACCAGUUAUUACAAGUUAUUCUCUAUUCUUACUGCAUUUUUAAAAUAAAGUCCACUCUAAGAGUUAUGAAUUAUAGAAAAGCUUUAGAAUGAAUUUUUUUAGUACUCCCUCACCCA